UGUAACCUGACAGUAAACUGUAAAACUAUAACAUCACUUUUGUAUACUUUUACUGUUGUAAAUAGGGGAAAAAUAGAGUUAUUUAUCUAUUCAUAUUGUUGUUGUUAUUAUUUGCGAUUUGAUUUAAUUUCAUUUUUACCUCAACCUUUUUAAAUUGGUGCCAACUAUUGAAAGUGACAUGGUUACAUGAACAACAACACACCAACAACCUUGACUGAUCUGAAAUGUAUUGAUUGCCAAUUUAUCCUUAAACCAGUAACCAUCAUCAAUUGUUAACAAACAAAGUACAAUUAUUACGUCAAAAGAGCUCAACGAGAAGUGUAAAUUCAAUUAUCGGAAGAAGGUUCAACGUGUCAAAUAAGCUUAUUGGUGAAAAUAGCAACCAAAAGAACCUAAAUUUAAUUCAAUGGACAAACUCUGAGUCAAACAAAGAGAGACAAACGAGUGAACCGUUUUACAGUUUAUUAAUAUUAUUGAUACUUUUACUUGUGCAAUAUCGUUUUGUAAACAACAUCUACUGCUUCAUCAUCUUAACCAAUGGACUACUUUCAUUCCACCAAUUGGUUUAUUUGAACACGCGAUCUAAAUUUCUAGAAAAUCAUCUAAACUUAUUCAGUGAAACGAUUGAGAGUAUCAAAAGUAACAUUAACAUUGGUGUAACACACGCAAAAAGCUAGUCAACUCAACUCAAAAUUAUGGAUUCAUGGAAAGAAGCAGCGUCCCUUAUAAUUGUUGUUGAAAAUACCUCAUCACCGUCAUCCUUGUCAUCACCAUUAUCACAAUCGUUUAAUCUAUUGAUGACCAAAAGAAGUGACAAAGCAUCGUUUCUUGGUUCAGCUUUCGUUUUUCCAGGUGGACAUCUAGAGACCUCUGAUUUCUCACCUGAAUGGUGGAAAGUGUUUAAUCAAGCUGGUUUCAGUGAAUCGCAUGUAAAUUCAGUUGUCAAACGGAUUAAUGGUCCUCGAACACCAAUAAUCACCGAGUGUCAAACCAAAUUAGCAGCUCAACAACAGUUUUCCUCAUCUUCAUCGUCAAAAGACAAUGUGCUACCUUCAGAUAUUGGACUUCGUAUUUGUGCCAUCCGUGAAACUUUCGAAGAAACUGGUGUUCUUCUUGCUCAUAAUUCAUCUAAUUCUAUCCAACUCGAUGCCAUAUCAGUUGAAAAUUGGAGGUCUAAAGUGAGAGAAAACGCAAACGAUUUCAUCCAAUUCUGUUUAGAAAUGAAAAUAGCUCCAAACAUAUGGGAUCUCUAUGAAUGGUCAAACUGGUUAACACCAAAUGCUUUAGGACACCGACGAUUUGAUACAAUGUUUUACAUUUACUGUACUUCAAACAAACCCGAAACUGACUCUGAUCAGAAAGAAGUGGCAACGAUUGAGUGGUAUACUCCAAAUGAACUCCUAGACCUGCAAAAGCAACAGAAAGCAUUUUUGGCUCCACCACAAGUCUAUGAAUUAUCCCGCUUAAGUAAUUUUAAAGAAUUUCAUGAACUGAAAGACUUUGUUUUUAAACGUGAAUCAGAUGGAGUUGAACGAUGGAUUCCAUUGAUAAAAGGUUAUGCAGAUGGCUCCGUAUUUUUCUUACCUGGAGACGAUUCGUACGGACUAGACAUUAAAACAAGCAUCAGGUCAAUGCCAACCUUAGAACAAGCCCGGAGUCUUGUGAGCCAUCUUAAUCGUAUCGAAUUCAAACAGAAAGUUUUGCGAGCUUUUUGUAACAUUAAACUAAACUGUGGCCAAAUUUCACCUUUAACAUUUCCUUCAGCGAUUUUACAAUCAUCUCUUUAACUAGCCCGUUAAAUCAAAUGAAACAAUCCUGGAAUAAAACCGGGGCCAUUAGUUGAAUAAAUGACAAUUUUUUAUCAAGAAACGUAAUGCGGUUCAUCAUCUCGCAAUGGUGGCCUGAAAUCUUAAUCGUAUUUUUUGCAUCUAAUUGAAAAUUCAUUUACAAAUUUUUUCUCCUGGAAGAAUGAGCAGUGUUGAGCCAUUUAAUUCACUGCAGGUUUUAAUUAUAAAGAAAAAUUUAAAUUUUCCAUGAAUUGCUUGAUUCUUGAAAAAUGGAAGAUGAUUCAUGUUUAUGAAAUUUUGCGGUACUUCUUUGAAGAAAUCAAAGAUCUGUAUUGGAGAUUAUUACUUGACAAUCAAAAAGUAGUUAAAGAAAUGCUAAUAAAAGUCAA